GGCGACGUGUGGGCGCGCUUCGCUGUGGGCCCUGGCGGCCUGGGAGCGGAGGAGCGGCGUGCCCUGGAGCGCGAGCAGGCGCGACACGGAGACCUGCUACUGCUGCCAGCACUGCGCGACGCCUACGAGAACCUCACAGCUAAGGUGCUGGCCAUGCUUGUCUGGUUAGACGAACAUGUGUCCUUCGAGUUUGUUCUCAAGGCGGACGACGACUCGUUCGCACGUCUGGAUGCGCUGCUGGCAGAGCUGCGCUCCCGGGACCCUGCACGCCGGCGCCGCCUCUACUGGGGCUUCUUCUCUGGCCGUGGCCGAGUCAAGCCAGGGGGCCGCUGGCGUGAGGCCGCCUGGCAGCUCUGCGACUACUACCUGCCCUAUGCACUAGGCGGUGGUUACGUGCUCUCUGCGGACUUGGUGCACUACCUGCGCCUCAGCCGCGAGUACCUGCGCGCAUGGCACAGCGAAGAUGUGUCCCUGGGUGCCUGGCUGGCGCCUGUAGAUGUGCAACGCGAGCAUGACCCGCGCUUCGACACAGAGUACAAGUCUCGGGGCUGCAGCAACCAGUACCUGGUGACACACAAGCAGAGCCUGGAGGACAUGCUGGAGAAGCACCAAACACUAAUGCACGAGGGCCGCUUGUGCAAGCAGGAGGUGCAGUUGCGCCUCUCCUACGUUUACGACUGGUCAGCACCUCCCUCGCAGUGUUGUCAGAGGAAGGAGGGCAUCCCCUGAGCCGCUGCUGGGCAGUCCUGAUGAAUGUGGGCACGGGAAAGUAGAGGCCAGGCCAGGCCAGUCACCCUCUGAGGCCUGUGAGUGACACAGCUGAAGUAGUGAAGGAGGAGUUGGUAGAGGAGGCCAUACGCUGUCUAAGCCUCCAGGUUCUGGCUCUUUGUCCCUGACAAGUCCAGCCUGAUUUCUCCAGUGUUCUUUGAGUAGAUGCCAAGCAGCACCAGAUAACACCUACAUCCCAACGGUGGUGCUGUGCCCAGGGGUUUUCACCUCAGUGGCCAUCCCAUCGUAGGUCUUGUUUUGGACUUAGGAGACAGGGUUACCAUCACAAAGUAUCACUUACAGUUAGAAAUGGCCUGUGAAUCUCAGCCAACAUGAACCUAUCCUGGAAGUGGGCUUUGGGUGUGAGGGCAGAACAGAACCUACCCUCCACCAAGGGGCUUACAGUGUCUCCCACCCCCAACUCCUCCUGUGACAUGUUCUGGGGCCACUGCACUCACUGUCCACCUAAGAGGGCUCUGCACAGAGCUGUGAAAGCUGCAGGCUGACCUGCCGUCCGUGCGCUGCAGUGUACCUGUGUGUGGUCACCCAAAGCAGCUAUCCUCUUCCAUGUCUCUUGUUGGUUUUAUCGUGUGUAAGUCAAAGAUCUGUUUCAUGUUCAUUGGCUUUAAUGGUAUCCUGACCUUUAUCUCCAGAGUGAAUUUGUGGUAAAUAGAAUUCAGUAUUUGCUUAUGAUUUAUUUAUAGAUACUGUAAAUUUGUGUAGAUAAGAGUUUAAGUUGGGACUGUACAGGUCCUUUUUUUUUUUUAAUUAAGAAAAGACUUUUAUAUCAGAACUUGGAAUUUGUGGGUUAAUCUGUUUGUACAACUUGAGUGUUCGACC